UUGUCAGAUACUGUGUAAACAGAUGUGAAAGUAUUUCAUGUUUGAAGCUAAUUUCAGUUUCGUUUUUAGUCAGAACUAGGGAAGGGCUUGUGCGUUUUCUUUUUAGUUUCCUCAGGCACUGACCAGAAGAGACAUCUCUGACCUAAUCAGGGCAAUUGAUAUUAUUCACAUUCCAUAAUAAUGGCACGAUCCAUAGACUAUAAUGAGUUGAAAGCAUUUAUUUCUAACUUCAGCCUUGAUAGCUGCACACCUCAUGGAAACCAGGGCUACAACCGGGUGCUGCUGCAGCUAUUCGGCUUUGCAGGACAUGGCAAGUCAUCCUACAUUAACUCUUGCAAAUAUGUCGUGGAUGGAGGGGACUACAAAGUCUAUGCAUCAGUUGCUGAGCAUAAAGAAGCCCCCUGUACGAUGACAAGAAAUGCGUAUGAGCUGACAGGCACCAUCACUUUAGUAGAUAACAGAGGCUGUGUGACAAUGAACAAGGAUGAAACUGCAGAAAUAUAUCUCCAGCUUGGUAACUUUUUACCAGUGGAUUGUAAAGUAAGCUGGGAAAGAGGAUUCAGUGGUGUCAUGAAAACUAUACUAGCAAGCGAAAGGGACGGACAAUUUACUGAUUUCAUAGUUCCUAUAUUUGUGUACAGUGUGGAGAAAUCAAUAGCAGAUCAGGAGGUUGAGGAACUUAAGCAGCUACUUCGUCAUGCCCAAGAAAUAACAGGAGUUCUCCCUACAGUGGUUCUCACCCAUGAAACAAAUGAGAACUUGGCUCACGUGAAAGAGAAAUUCAGACAGAUGGGCGUGAGGAACAUAUUCCCUGUAGAAAAUUAUACAAAGGAGGAUCAUUUAAAAACAAGGGGCAAACAUGAAACAAUUUUAUGGUGUCUCUCUGAAAUUUGUAAAGAUGUUCAAUUCCGAAUGGAAGAAAGAAGGGAUCCGACUGAGGAAAAGAUCCAGCGGAAGGAAUUUCUGUUCACGUUUGCACAUGAGAGAGAGUUAGAGAAGCAAAGGCUGGAAUCUGAGAGAUUAGCUGCUGCAGCUAAACCAGUGGAGAUUCCACCACAAAUAGGACUGUUGCCAUCGGUUUUAAAGAUGCUUCGCUUGAAAUGACAUUUAGAAAACCUUGUUACAUCAUCUGUGGGGAACUGUCUAUAGCAGAAUAAUUAUUUUAUUAAAUUAUAAAAAUAAUUAAUUUGAUACAGGAAAUGUAUUUAAAAUCAUUUUGUAUAUAGCAUUCUCUAAUUAAACAAGAACAUUUGGCUAGAAUUUACCACACCUCCAUGACUCAUAAGAUAACAAUGUAAAUUAUCUUGGAUCACAUGUGUCCAAAGUUUACCACUUGGCCAGGAAAACCCCCUGCUGUUUGUGAACACAAAAGAGAAACACAGGUGGAGUCCCAUUGUCUAGGAACUUUGGUGGGAGGAAUAGCAAACAAAUGGGCUCUCACGCAUAUGUUAAUGAGAUACCUGCUAGUCUACAUUGCACUCCCUAAAUGAACUGAGGUAACCUUUAUAAGAAAUCAUAGGUUAGAAUGGUGUAUAAAAGAAUUGGCACAUUGUGAUAAAUAAUGUCCCACGUAUCUAAAUGUAUAGAGCAAUUAAAUGUGUAAGGAAGGACAUGUAAAAAUGACCAUUAUUGCAUUAUGUGUGUAUAAGGAUCAUAUGUUUUUAAAAUAACUAUAUGUAUAAAUAAGUUAAAUAUGGAAUUAAGUAUAUGAAAUAGCCAGUAUGAUAUGAAUAUGUGUAUUCCUGUGUAUCUGUGUAUAUACUGUAUAAAUGUAUAUGUGUGUACAUAUAUAUAUAUAUAUAUAUAUACUGUAUAUAUGUAUAUAAUGUGACUUGUACAUUUAUGUAUUGUAUAUAAAAAUAUAUAUAUAUACUGAUUACCUGACCAAAUUAUACUCCCAGGCAUCACCAUGCAUUGAGGAGUCAUGACAGAUUAAAAUAUACAUAUAGUGAGAAACUAUUGUAAAUUACUAUAUCAUUCAAACUGGUACAUUUUAGUUAAACAGAAAAAAUAUUAAAUGAAAUAUAUUUGCAUGCUUGUAAGUAGACAUGGAUGUAGGUAUGCAUAUGUAUGUAUGUGUAUAU